UUUUUGUAUAUCUAGAUGUCUUCAUUCAUCAUCCAAACAAUUACAGAUUUCUGGCCUACAGCAAUUUCUGAUUUAACAAAUGCAUUUCAACCUCAAAACAUUCCUAAUGCUAGUCCUCAACAAGUUGUACAUGCUUUAUUAGAAUUGCUGACUGUAUUAACAGAAGAGUUUCAAACAACCCACAUGCUUCAAAUGAGAGUAGGAAUCAUCAGAAAUGCACUUCGGUCAUCCCUUGAUCUUGUCAUGGAACUUGUACAAAGCAUUUUAUCAAAAACCUCAGCACCUGCUGAAUUGUGUGAAAUGGCAUUAAAAUGUUAUUCUAGUUGGGCUUUAUUAGGAUGCUCUAUAAUGGAACACAAAUCUUUGUUACUACUUGUAUUUGAUUCUAUAUAUAGAGAUGAAGUUAGUCUGACAGCAUUAGAAACUUUGAGUAAUAUAGCCAACCAUCUAGAUUCUAGCAAGUUUCCUUCCUUAAUUUUAGAAAUGAUUGAACAUGUUAAUAAGUUUGACAGUCUGUUAGACAAGGCUAUUGAAGAUGAAGAUAUGGAUAAAUGCAAUAACAUAUAUGGCCUAAUUAUUGCAGUAGCCGAUAAUCAUUGUCACUUACUUCUUGAUACAAUACUCAACAAACCAGAAAAGAAAGAAAUGAUUUUAAAACUUAUAAGCUUUGUACUUCGAUGUAGUUCUACUCCUGGUCAGUAUCCUAUUGAUGAAAUCUGUAGUGAGCAAGCUUUUGGCUUCUGGUAUACGCUUCAAGAUGCCAUUACAUCUUCCUCAAGGGGUUUUGAAAGUCUUUUGCUUGUAUUCCAUCCUAUUUUUCAGUCAUUAUUAGAUAACUACCUUGUAAAAUUAAGAUAUCCAUCUGAUAAUGAUUAUAAACAAUGGAAAUCAGAGGAAAAAGAAUCUUUUCGCUGUUACCGUCAAGACAUUGGUGAUUCUAUAAUGUAUUGUUAUAGCAUCUUGAGGCAAAGUGCCUUAGCCAAUUUGAUGGCUCAUCUGAGCAUCGCCACUACAACUGCUGCAAAUGAUCCUUCUCAGUGGCAGUACCUGGAAGCAUGUCUUUUUGCAUUUAAAGAAAUUGCUGAAAGUGUUGAUGUAAAAGAAUCAUGUUACCUACCUAUGUUUAUGGCUCACCUAAGAAAUGUUCCUCUGCAGCAUAUAAGAAUAAUUUCUGCCACUAUGGAAGCUAUAGGUGCUUAUGCUGAAUGGAUCAAUGUUCAUCCUAAUGUUUUGGGCUAUGUUGUUCCACUUCUCCUUAUGGGUUUGCAAAAUGCUGAAAUAGCUGUCUCUGCUACAUUUGCUUUAAAAGAUAUCACCAACUGUUAUUCUGCCAUGCAACCUUUUGCUGAAGAGAUUCUUCAUGCAUGUUUGGAAGCUCUUAAAGGAAAUGUACUUAAAUCACGAGAAAAAGUACGAGUUAUGUGUGCAGUUGGCAAAGUACUUUCAAUUAUGCCAUACUCUUACAUCAUGAAUUAUUUGAAUUCCUUACUGUCUCCAGUAUUUGAUCAAUUGCAGCAGCAUUUAUGUUCAGAAAUGAAUAACCCUACGAGUGCAGCAGCUAUAGUUCAUAAUCUACAUAUGCUUACUAUGCUGUUCUCUAAUCUUGAUACUCACUGGGAUAAAAGUGAAGAAAAUGAGGAGAAGGAAUCUGUUGAAUCAAACAGAAUAUCAGAAGAAAAUCAGAGGCAGCCACAACCAGUACUUUUUGUCUUAGAAAAGCUUUUAGCCAUCUUCUCGUCUUUGGGGAACAAGUGGGAAGCAAACGAGCAGAUUACAGAGGCUAUCUGUGAUGCUUUGAAAAAGUCUCUAUCUGUGCUGUCUGAUGACUGCAAAAUUUUUCUGCCAGAAAUGUUGAAUUUAAUGAUGCAUUUAUAUAAGCAUUGCCCCCAUUCUUCUGUUUUGGAUAUGACAAAGCAGCUGUUGUUGCUUUUUUCGGAUGUAGAUGACCAAACGGAGACCUUGUCAAAAUAUUUUGCUGAAAUCUGCAAUCAUACUAUUCAGCUAUCUAUGAAUGAUUUUAGAGAAAGCACUGGAGUCAUAGAAUCAUUUUUGCAGAUGUUGGAGCAAAUAAUUAAAAAAUCAAUUAUUUUCUUCAAAAGUGAUAAUAUUCAUCCUUUAGUAUUAUUCCAGUUUGCUUCGGCUGCUUUGAAUUUACCUGAAAAGCCUACUGUGAAAGCUGCAGCUGGAUUUUUGACAAAUUUUGUUAUUCAUAGCAGAGAAGUGCCAAAGAUGCUAAAUGUUGUUAAUAGUCAAGGGGAAACUAUGGUGAUGCAAGUUUUAAAGGUUAUAGGUGGAGAUACUCCAAGAUCAGUUGUGGAAUACAUGCCAGAUAUUCUUAUGGGUCUUAACAAGAAAUAUUUUGAUAACUUAUGUCGGUGGAUGGUGCCUUUUAUUCAACAAGAAGGCUUUCCAUCAUACAGAGUUAGUCAGCAACAAAAAGAAGAAUUUACUCGAAUAGUACUGAAGGAAAGAACAAACAAACGAAGAUUAAAAGAAACUGUAACUGAGUUUAGCCUCCUCUGUAGGGGCCUAAUUGGCACUGAAUAUGCAGCUCAAUCUUGUCAGCCACUUCCAUGAUUUUAAAUAUUUCAUAUUUUUAUAGCAUCUAUUUAGAGCAGUAUUUUUAUAUUGUAGAUCAGAUGUUGCAUAUAUUAUGAAUUCCACUAUGAGUCAUGUUUUCCAAGUGGUUGUUUGAUCUUGAAAAUAAGAUACUAUUCAUUCAUAUAAAUUAUUGUUACAUGUAUAUACUUUGUUUUAUUUCAUUGUCAUUAAAAAAAAUUCUGUUAAAUUUCAUGUUCCUAUGAAA